UUUGAUGUUGACAGAUUGCGCCCUACUAUAAGGAUAUCAGAAAAAAAAAAAACAACCAAGUGCUCAGUUAUAAAAACUGUAUACAUGGAAGCUGAUGACAAAAGAUGAUAAGUACAAUAAUACAUGUGUUAAGUGCAUAAAAUAUAAACGAAAUCAAAGAUCGAAGUAGAUUUGGAGCUGUAAUAAUACUUCAGUGUCAAUAUGUCGGAUUCUCAGUUUGUGUCUAGAAUUAAUCAGUUGGAUGCGGUGCAACUUGAUAACGAAAUUUAUAAAGUGCUGAGAGGCCAGGCAGAAGAAGUAACGAAAUAUUUUGCUCCCGGCAAAGCAGUCAAAUGGAAACCAGAGAUAGAUGUUCUAGUCAAGUACCUCAUAUGGAAUUACUCGUUAAAAAAAAAUAGCACAACCUUUGGACAACAGCUACUCAAUCUGUCAUACAAGAAUUUGGAUAGAAGAAAAGCUCUGCUGUUAUUUGUACUUUCGUCAGUGCCAAAUUACUUGAGGGAACGAUUUAUUAAUGAAAACUUUAUUUUUUCGCGACUACCAACGGCUUAUCAAAGAAGCAGAUACAAAGGUUAUGUCGAUCAAGUUGAUAAUUUUUUGCAUUUGUUAAAUUUCAUAUGGAGCUUUUUCUUUUUAUAUUACGGAAAUCAAUCACGUUUUGUGGAAAAGAUUUUGGGUCUACGUAAUUACUCUUCAGAUAUGAAUAGGCCUCGUUCUAUAGGAUAUUCUUACAUGACAAGAGAAUUGCUGUGGCAUGGCUUGAUAGAAUUGUUUACCAUAGGCUUACCAAUGAUAGAUUUGAAAGUUGUACAAAGAUUGUGGAAUGACAUGUGGGUGCCAAAGAAAAAAGAAAUCACGAUUGUUACAUCAUGUAAGCUUGAAUCUAAUGCUUUGUGCGCUUAUUGUAAUCAAUUACCAAUUUUUCCAAGGUGGGCUGGAUGUCCCCAUGUUUUUUGUUAUUAUUGCUUGGAGGCAUUGUUUUUAACAAUGGAUCCAUACAGAUGUCCCCUCUGCAAUAACCAACUAUAUUACAAAAAUGUAAAAUCUUGUUUAAACACUUGAUACUUUUGUAUAAAUUCUUGAGUUUAUUAAAAAAUAAUGUUACAAAAAUGCAUUUUCUUUCACUUACAUUAAACCAAAGUAGUUGCAUUCUUAGCAAAGUAUAAUGGUAAAUUAAGUAUUUAUAGAUUAGCAUGCUCGCUCACAAAAACACACACACACUUCAAUAACUAUAAAUCAAUUAUCAUGAGAGCUAGCUAAAUUCAUUAGGCGUAUUAUUUUUUUAAAAAUAUUCUUAAAUCUUAUAAAAUAUUUUUCCUUCAAAAUGCGCUGACUUCGAGUUGAAUGUUUCUUUUUUCAUUAAUAUUUAAUUGUUUACUCGAUAUCUAG